UUUGCCUGUGUCACAUGGAAGCGCAGUGACUGCGAGGAAAGGAUGCGAGUGGAGAUGGAAGGGGCUUGAGGGACACUGGAGGAGAACCCGGCUCUUUGAGAUUCUGUUGGACCGGGUUUCAAACGUCAGGGCGGAAGGUUCGGAUCUCUACUGGGAAGAAAGCGGCGCUUGCUCGGUAGUCGGUACAGUGUCAGCGGGAAGUGCCACACAACUACAAAAAAAAAAAAAAAAGCUGCCAGAUGCAAUAUGCUGCAUUCCUGUUAUGUGCAGCCCAGAGAAGACAGAGUGUUGCAUGUGAUUGAUUAUGCCGGUUGGCUGGUGCAGGGCUGCUGGUCCGAGCCGAAGCAGAAACUGAACCCAAAGGACAGACUGAUGCUGCGCCUCUCCCAACCUCUGAGCUGAAUCCCAGUGAGAGCGUGGCGUUUGCCUGUGUGCAUGAACGUGAGGGUAAAGGUGAGUGUGUGUGAGAGAAAGUGAGCGGCAGCGCUCCCACAUGGCCUCCAUGCAGGACGGGCUGAACUUCACGGCUCCUCCCUACGGCAAGGUCCUGCUGCUGGGUGUUAUCGCUGCUGCCUCAGCCUUCGUUGUCACUAUCCUCCUUGUGGUGCUUUGCGUGGGCUGCCAGAGGAAGGGAAAGACACAUAAUGUACCCGGCGAGGGUGGAAAACACCGUCUCAUGGACAUGGGCAUACUCAGGCAAUCCAAGCUGCGGUCCAUCAGUAAAUCAGACACUGAGAUGAACAAGAUGAACUGCAACGGCAAAAGCAGGCAGCUUCCCCAGAUUCCCUCUGGGACUGGAGAGGACGGAGAGCACACUUACUCUGAAGUGGGCCGUGGCUCCUCAACCACGCGAACUGACGACGCGCUCUAUGCCAUGGUAGGCAGGGCCGGCCAGACGGACACUCCGGCCCCCCCGGCUGUCCCCGCCAACACUCCGGCGCCACCUGAUCCGGACGGGGAUGUGGAAGGAGGGCUGCCCGAUCCCGAAAACCAGGUCAUGUCUCCACCUCAUCCUCCUGAGACAGCCCAGUACGCCUGUGUCAGGAAGCUGAGGAAGGCCGACAAAGCGCCACAGAAGAGGGACAGUGGGACGGACACGGGGGACCCACCGGUGCCGCCGCCACGACACCCCCCGCCUUCCCAUCCCGCCCCUCCACCGCCACAUCCACACAGUACAAAGCUGCCUCGUAGAAACAUGGAAGCAUUUAAUGUUCCCUCCUUCCCUAAGGAAGUCAUGUUUAUGGGCAAUGGAGAGCAGUACAUCUGGAAGCCUCCAGAGGAUGAAGAUGCCCUCAUGCUCCAAAAUAAAGCCCUGGGCCCAAUGGCUGCACACACGAUGGAGAGUAUGCAACCUUCUGCUGCUGUGGUGGCUGAGAUGUACUCAAAGGUGUGUAAACCAGGAAAGAAGAAGAGAGCAGUACCUGGGUCUCCGCCGUCCAAUCCCGGCUUCAGGACCUUGGGUCGUGGUGACCGAGACAGAGACGGGGGCUUUAGCGUAGUUGUCAAACCUCAGACGUGGGCCCCUCAGGAGGGAAAAGCAACUGGAGGGUCCCUUGACGACCACUGCUAUGAGUCCUUCGGGGCUGAGGAGUGCGAUCCGGCCUACGAGAAUCUGGAUGGCGGGGGCGGCUGGAGAAGAGAGAGACCCCCCAACACAUGUGCCACUUUGCGGCCGAGGAGAAAGAAAGCCCAGCAGCCCUUGCAGCAGCAACAGCCCCCUCCGCCGCCGCCCACGCAGCACAACCCCAAAUUACAGCACCUGCCUGCCAAAGCUCUGCUGUUGCCGGGCGAGAGCCUGUACGAGAGCAUCGGUGACCUGAAGCAAGGCUCCACCUCCUCUAGCACCACCACCAUCUUCACCUUCAAUGACGGCAUGGAGAUGUACGUAACAGGGCUCUGAGGUGGCCGCUGCACUGUGACCUUAUCGACAAGGAGCAAACACCAUAAGGAAUGACGGCUGAGCCCCCGUCAUGCCCCCCCACACAUACUGUUUACAUCAUAACGUCAUUCCUUUCCCGGGCUCCAGGGGCCUUAAGGUACUAAUGUUUAUCUGUUAUGACCUAGGCCAAGUCCAAUCUACAAACCUUCUAAGCAACCCAAAGGUAGUGAGUAAUUGAUGAGCACAAGACUAUUGCAGCGCAAUCAGUAGGUAACAGUAGCACUAUGCUGUAGUUCAUUCAUUUAUAAAUGUGCAAAGCACAAGAAAGUAAGAAGCCUAAAUUAUUUCUGAUCUAGCGGGUAAUACUUGUUUAUGGGCUGGAAAACAAGCACAGCAAUUACAUUUUUUUCGGUAGCACUUGUGAAUAGGCCUUCCCUGAAAUGCAGUCAAUAUUACGGAGCCCCUAAAGGGACAUAGAGGGAAAAAGAUGUUUCGCGAGACCUCGCAAAAGUUUGUUUUCCCUAUGUCAGUGAACCGGAAGUAAAACAGACACGGCGAUAGAUGAGCCUACCCAUCAUCCGUGGGAGAAUUAGCGAUUUAUAUUUUACUAUUGACCUAACAUAUAAAGACAUCAAAUAUGUUCUUGCAUUCAAUGUAGACAUGGCUUUGACAUAAGUGAGAGACAUCUGAAAAGAAAACUCAGGGCGAGGGCGCUUUCUCAUCGUAAUGGGUACUGUUCUCUUGCGGUCCAGCUUGAAUUCAUCAGCAACGAACUACAAUACCGGUGGAUAUAUACUAAAUUAGAGAACAUGAACUACGAAUAAAGAAGGACCUUUUGCGAGAUCUCGCAAAACAUUUUUUACCCUCCAUGUCCCUUUAGGGGCUCCGUACAAAAUAGAUUCAGGAUGGAAUUUAAAUUAUUUAAAGAAUUAAUUACUAGUCAAAACACUUGAACGCUCAGGGAGAAAGAGAAACAAUUAUGAGAGUAUUCUAAGGAAAAUAAAUUGAACACCUUUUGCAUUCCUGCUUAACGCCAACACAAAGCAUUUUCAUGGUUACAAAUUGUGUCCCAGCUGACACGGACUGAACACUGUCUCAACUGCUGUCUGUAAAUGAGCUGUUUUAUUUUGUUGACCCUGUCCUGCACUUUGCCUGCGACAAGUUGCAUGCUGUAAAAAAAUAAUAAAAAAUAACCUCAUAAAAAUUAACCCCUGUCAAGUGGUACCUAUAUUAAUGUUUGGGGUUUUUUCCUAUUGUUGUAGGGUGUUUAUUUCCACAGUGCGUUAUUUCUCUGUAGAGCACAAGGCCAGUUAGAGUUGGGACUCAUCAUUCACUCAUUCAUUUAUAUUCAUUUUGUGCCUGCAACACAAACAAUACCAAACUGGUUAAGUAUUUUAAGGUGGCAACAGAGUGCUCGACUCCUUCUUGAUCACAUCAAAGUCCCUGCCUUGUGGUCAUCUGUCUAGAUUUCAUAGUUACGGCUUUGAAAGAUUACAGUAUAUGGUGUGUACAAGUCAUGCGUCAUCAUCACUCCAUCACCAACAUCUUCUCUGUUAUCAGUGUUCAAAUGUUGCAAGAAUAAGAAGAAGACAAGCAGGACAUAGAGUGCAGACGCAACCACAUGCUGGACGAUGAUUUCAUUUGACCAAAUAUCUUCAGCAAAGUGUGUGAUUAUACUGUAUGUUGAUGCAAUGUGUAUGUACAUUACAAAAGAGAAAGAAUAAUAAAUAUAUCAUCAAUGUCAAGAAA